UGUGACGUGUUUACGUUGAAUGAGAUUCUUUAGUUCCAUCACAACGAAUCACAGGUGACUGCGGAGGGAGGGGCACCAACAGGUGACGUGGUCGGCUUUGAACGUCACCACAGAGAGUUCCAGAGACACCUCUCAGCCGGAGCUCCAGUGCCCGAUAGGAACUGCAGUUUUUCUCACUAUGGACAUUGCCGCUAUGUGAAAUUUUCCUUUCCUUUUGUCCAUCCACUCUAAAGAAAAUAGAUUGCUGUGAAACCUUCCACUGCACUUCUUCUUACAGAGUUAAUUCCAUCAGAAGCAAAGACAAACCCCGUGUCACAGGAUGGAUAAGUUCCGUAUGAUGUUCCAGUUCCUCCAAUCCAACCAGGAAUCUUUCAUGAACGGGAUCUGUGGUAUCAUGGCACUGGCCAGUGCACAGAUGUACUCCGCCUUUGAAUUCAGCUGCCCCUGUAUGCCAGAGUACAACUACACCUAUGGGAUUGGACUGCUCAUUGUUCCACCUUUAUGGUUCUUCAUGUUGGGUUUUGUGUUGAACAAUAAUGUGUCGGUGCUCGCCGAGGAGUGGAAAAGACCCACCGGCAAACGGAGAAAGGAUCCUUCAAUCCUCCGCUACAUGUUUUGUUCGAUCACGCAGAGAUCCUUGAUAGCACCCGCAGUCUGGGUGUCUGUCACUCUCAUGGAUGGGAAGAGUUUCCUCUGUGCCUUCAGCAUCAACUUGGAUAUUGACAGGUUUGGGAAUUAUAGUUUCAUCAGGGAGAUGUCGGAGACGGACAAGAUGAAGCUGCUGGCGAAGAUUCCUUGCAAAGACUUGUUUGAGCAUCAGGAAAUAAGAGUUGCAGCAUCCCGAUACAUAAAGUGCAUAUCACAGGCAUGCGGAUGGAUAUUCCUGCUCAUGAUGACCUUCACAGCCUUCCUGAUCCGGGCUAUUCGACCGUGCUUCACCCAGGCCGCUUUCCUCAAGACCAAGUACUGGUCGCAUUACGUUGACAUCGAGCGCAAGAUGUUCGACGAGACCUGCAAGGAGCACGCCAAGAGCUUUGCCAAGAUUUGCAUCCAGCAGUACUUUGAGAACAUCAGCGGGGAGAUGCGCAGCCUCCACCACCACCGCCGCUCCUACAAGAACGACAGCGAUGACGACGAUGACGAGGACAAGAAGAGAAGUGACGAGGACAAGCUUCUGGGUAUCAGGGCCCAGGAUGAUAUGAAUAAGGUUUUAUGGAACUGGCACACCAGUAAGCCAGCUCUGGCUCUGAGAAAGGAACAAAUGGACGGUGAAAACAAUGGCAGACUAAAUGGAGAAGCCAAUGGCACGAUUAAUGGGUUUGCAAAAGGACACACCCAUGACGUGGGGAAGAAGGAAUGGGCAGUGUAUUACAGUAAAGUCUGAAGAGAGAGAGGGAACAUAUCUUCUUCAGCUUUCAGAAAUGUCCCACUAUAAUCCAUUUCCAUCUUAAUUUCUCACUUUAAUGCUCAGAACAUUGAUGAUUGUAUAUUAAAUAUGAUGUAAAGAGGAAUGCAGUGCAAUGUAUAGUUUGAAUGUUGCAGCAUGAUGAGCACAAAGUGACCAAAAUGUCAUCGUAUAACUUGUUGACACAGUUCAGUUUUCCUCAGAAGACGUCUAGUACUUGGCGUGUAGUCCUGAACUUGUUGCUUGGCGUGUUGUCACGGCGACUGUAUGUUUCAUUAAGUCAUGUUUUACUCACACAGUCUGCCGCUGCUCUCACGGCAAUGAGUGACCUCUGUAUAUUCUAGGCUGCAGAAGUAGAGCAGUUGUAUCGGUCUAACAGUAAAGCUUUUCACAGCGCACUGCAGAGUUCUCCUUGAUAAAGACACUAAUGAAGGAUUGCGUUGCUCACAGAUGUCGGGGCCGUCAUGAAUAUUCACAGGCCACCGACUUGAGCAUGUGUGCACUUCAAAUAGCACAAUCUUUCUCUUGCCAAUAAA